AAUAUUUCUUUUUCUUUAUUUUUUUUUUUAGAAAAAACAUUCAAGAAAUUUUUUUAUACAUGAAAACAUGGCAGGAACAAUUGAUAAUCAAGCUUUAGAUAUAUUAUUUGCAGAAUUUUUUCAAGCACCACCAUAUUUUAUUGCAACUUCAGCUCGUACACAAGAAAUACGAGAAAGAGCGAUAGAUUUAAAUACACUUUUAAAUGUUUAUUCACAAGCAACGUAUGUUAAUGAUGGAUUUGAAGUAGAAGAUUUUCGUAAAUGGUGGAAAUCUAGACAUCAUAUGGAAUUUAGGGGAGCGAAAAAUAAUCGACCAAUUUCAUUUUUAAUAAUUUAUUCUUUAUAUAAUGAUUGGAAGGAAGAAAUGAUGACUGUUUUAUGUGAUAAGUGUAAUGAAAAAAAUUUAAACGAUAAUUUUUGUUUAAAUUGUGUUGAAAAUGGUAAUAAAAGUGCAUGUCCAAAAUGUUAUCCUAAUGUUGAAAUACCUUUACAGCAAUAUUGUAUUGGACAUUGGUUACAAAAAGGUGAAUGGACAUCUAAUAAUAAAUUAUUAGAUGAAUGUAUUCGUUCUACUCAAAUUAAGCAUGAAUCUGAUCAUAUUUAUGGGGAGGUUACCGUACCACCAUCUAUUCGACGUCAUAGAAGUCAUUCUGGGAGGUCGUCUUCAUUAAGAGACAGUGAAUUAAAAUUUCGUGAAGUUCGAGCUAGACAUGAAUUUGUUUCUUUUCCCUCAAAUUUUUCGGAAUGGAUUCCUUUUGAAAAAUUUAAAGAAGUCCAAACCAUCGGGAAAGGUGUGUUUGGUGUUGUAUUUUCAGCUAUAUGGUCAAAUGGUCCUAAUUGGAGAUGGGAUCAAGAAUCUAAACAAUAUUUUAGAGAAGGAGAUAAGCAAGUCGCAUUAAAAAGAUUAUUUAAUUCAGAUAAAGAUAUUUCAGCAUUAAUACAAGAGGUACAAACACAUAUACGAUUUUCAGGGGAGAAAAAUAUUCCAAGAUGUUAUGGAAUCACAAAAGAUCCAUCAUCAGGGGAUUAUAUGUUAAUUUUAGAGUACGCAACAAAAGGAGAUUUGCAUAAUUAUUUAAAACGUAACGAUAAAAAUUUAACGUGGAAAUCAAGAUUAGAAACACUUUUAGAAAUAAUUGAAGGUUUACAUAAAAUUCAUUUAGAAGGAUCGUUUCAUAGGAAACUUCAUUCAGGUAAUAUAUUGAAAAAUGAAACUACUACUUUUAUUUCGGAUCUUGGAAUGUGUUGUCCAGCAGAAAUUCCUACCGCGGAUUAUAAUAGUUCUGGUGUCUACGGAGUUUUACCUUACGUAGCUCCUGAAUUAUUACGAGGAGAUCAUUAUACUAAAUCCGCCGAUAUCUAUAGUUUUGGUUUAAUUAUGUGGGAAUUAUCAACUUGUGAGAAACCUUUUUCUGAUAGAGCUCAUGAUAUACAAUUGGCAAGUCAAAUUUGUAAUGGAUUAAGACCGUAUAAUAAUGAAGGAGAUAAUUCUACACCCAAAUGUUAUAUUAAUAUAAUGAAAAGAUGUUGGGAAGCUGAUCCUUAUAAACGUCCUUUUGCUAGAGAAUUGAGAGAUAUAAUUAAACGUUGGUAUUUGGGUGAAAAUAAUUCUUUAGAAUUCGAAGAAGCAGAAAAAAUUCGUCAAAUCAAAAAUACUUUUGAAAAACCCGCAUCACAUCCUGAUGCAAUUUAUCAAACUAGAUUUUUAAGUUUUACAGAUUUACCCGAACCAAGAAUUUAGUUAAUAAUUUUUAUAUACAUUAUUAUACAUUAUAUACAUUUUAUACAUUUUGAAAAAAAAAAAAUUCAUCAUUAUUUUGUAUUUUAUUUAUUUAGAAAUUAUUUUAUUAUAUAAAAGGAAUAA